AAUAAACUUCCGAUUUGAGUGGAGGAUUGUGGGUAAAAUCUGCGAAAACGAGCCGAGUGAUCAUGGACUAAUGUAAACACCUGUAAGCUGUGUAUCUAGACAAUUUUUUUAGCAAGUAAGAGAUGGAGAUCGUUAAUCCCCAGUCCAGUAUCCAGAAUGGAGGAGGAACGGUCACGCACGAGCUGGUUAACGUUAAUAUGCAAGGACAAGACAAAGUGGGCAUGAAAGAUUUUGAGCUUUUAAAAGUUUUAGGAACAGGUGCCUAUGGCAAAGUUUUCCUAGUGAGGAAGACUACAGGGAAGGACCAGGGCAAGUUGUAUGCCAUGAAAGUCUUAAAAAAGGCCUCCAUUGUUCAGAAAACAAAGACCACAGAACACACAAAGACGGAGCGACAGGUCCUGGAGGCCAUCAGACAGGCUCCAUUUCUGGUCCGCCUCCACUAUGCCUUCCAAACAGAGGCCAAACUGCAUCUUAUAUUAGAUUAUGUUAAUGGAGGAGAGUUAUUCACUCAUCUGAAUCAAAAUGAACAAUUUACAGAGGACCAGGUGCGGGUGUAUAUUGGAGAAAUUGUUCUGGCACUAGAAAAUCUUCACAAGUUAGGCAUUAUCUACAGAGAUAUAAAACUUGAGAAUAUAUUACUAGACUCGGAGGGUCACAUUGUGCUAACAGAUUUUGGCCUUAGUAAAGAGUUUUUGCCAUCUGAUAAGAACCACAGAGCAUACUCCUUCUGUGGCACCAUAGAGUACAUGGCUCCUGAAGUGGUGGAGGGUGGCAGCUUAGGACAUGACUUUGCUGUGGACUGGUGGUCGUUGGGAGUACUAACCUAUGAGUUGUUAACAGGUGCUUCCCCUUUCACAGUUGACGGAGAGAGAAAUACACAGUCUGAAAUAUCAAAACGAAUUCUGAAGGCACAGCCUCCCAUGCCAAGAGAGUUUUCUCAGGAAGUAAAAGACUUCAUUCAAGGAUUACUCACAAAAGUCCCAGAAAAACGACUUGGUGCAAAGAGUGCUGAUAAUGUUAAAGAGCACAAAUUUUUCAAGGAUCUCAAUUGGAAACAUUUAGCUGAGAGGAAAGUGCCUCCUCCAUUUGUGCCAAAAAUUGCCCAUGAGUUAGAUGUUGGAAAUUUUGCCACUGAAUUCACAAACAUGGCUCCCCAAGACUCACCAGCGGCAGUUCCAAUGAAUGUUGAGAAAAUGUUUAAGGGUUAUUCCUAUGUAGCUCCUUCAGUUAUAUUUAGUGAGAACACGAUCAGCAAUAAUUUAUUGUGUCCAGACAAUUCAAAUCAACCAAAGGAUAUUCAAAUCAGAUAUGCUAGUCAUUUUAAGAAUUCUCUGUUCUUUCAACAAUAUGAGAUUGAUUUAUCUGAGAAACCAAUUGGAGAUGGAAGUUUCUCAAUAUGUCGGAAGUGUCUCCAUAAGGCAACUCAAAAACAAUAUGCUGUGAAGAUAAUCUCCAAACGAUUGGACUGUUCUCGUGAAGUGAACCUCCUUGGGAAAUGUCAAGGUCAUCCAAACAUAGUCACCCUGCAUGAUGUUUUUGUAGAUGAGUUCCAUAGUUAUAUUGUGCUGGAAUUACUUAGAGGAGGAGAGUUAUUAGACAGAAUCAGGAAAAAGAAAAGUUUUACAGAGCCUGAGGCCAGUAAAAUCAUGCUCAAAUUAGUCAAUGCUGUAGACUUCAUGCAUUCUAAAGGAAUUGUCCACCGAGAUCUCAAACCAGAGAACUUGCUGUAUGUCGAUGAUACAGAAGAUGCCGAGAUAAAAAUUGUCGACUUUGGAUUUGCUCGUCAAAAACUUGAGAAGCAGCAGCUACAGACUCCAUGUUUUUCAUGGCCAUAUGGAGCUCCUGAGGUCCUGAAACAGAUGACUGGAAGCAAGGAUGGAUAUGCUGAAGCAUGUGACCUUUGGAGUCUUGGAGUUAUUCUUUACACCAUGCUUUCUGGGAAGGUGCCAUUUCAAGCCAGAGACAAAAGUGACAGUGCCUCAUCAAUUAUGAAAAGAAUCAAAGAUGGACAGUUUGACUUGUCUUCAUCGGAGUGGAGUGAUGUGUCACAAAAAGCGAAAGAUCUCAUCCAAGGAUUGCUAACAGUUGAUGCCAAUGAAAGAAUGACAAUGGAGGAAGUAAAGAACAGUGAGUGGCUGAUGGGAAAUGACAGUCAAGUUUUCUCUGUGACCCCGCUUAGGACCCCCGGAGUAUUGUGCCACAGUAAUACAAUAGUUCAUUCCCAGCUCUCAGCCACCAUGGAUGCAUUCAAAAAAGCCACUAUGGAGGGUUUUCAGCUCCAGGAUGUGGCAGGUGCUCCCUUGUACAAAAGACGAAAGGAAAAACGCACCUCAGGAGAGGGAAGAAAUAAUUCAACUGAUUCCUCUAAUUCCAGUUCCAGUACGGGGGCAGGAACUCAAAACAGCGUAACCUCACCAAUUUCUGUGCGCAACAUGUCAAAUAAUUCCAGUACCUCUCACAGUUCUGCCUGUAGCAUGGGUUUCGUUCCAAAAAUACCUCAGGACGUUAAUUUGAAUGACUCAGGUCAGUUUGAUGUAUUUGAUAACAGUCAGACCAUUAGCACUCCCAAGUUUUCUGGAAGUCAGGUGAGUUCUGUUACACUGAGGUCCUCUUCAGGAGAUUCUGAUUCUGAGGGAAAAACACUCACUCCUCUUCCACGUGGCACUAAAAGGGUCCACAGUGAAUUGUUGGAAAGUGUGGAAUCAGAUGAUGGGGACAAUGAUGAUGAGAUAGAUGAGGAGAUUGAGGAGGAAGAUGAAAAUGAAGAUGAUAUCAUUGUUGUGUCAGAUGAGUCUGAUACUGAAAGUUCUCAGAGAAAUUUCAAAAGACCAAGGACAGAUACUAUAGUAAUUCCAGAUGAUUGAUGAAUUGAGGUCAGAAUAGAGUCAUCUCUGUAUGCCAAGGGCUGUGAUUUGAAGGAUUGGAGAAUUUUUCAAACUUAUUAAAAUCGAAACUUCAUUAUUCGCAAAUAUUGAGAAUCUGAUUUUUAUUUGAUGGAGAGGCAUGUUGCAGAUACUGACUAAAGAGAAAAGAUGUAUGUAUCCCUUUCACUCUGUGAAAUUUUCUGCAUUUUUGUGUUAAAAGUUGCCUUUCAUAAUGAUAUAUAAAGAUAGAAUUUUACCAUUUAUACACAUUUACAUGUAUAAGUGAACAUUCUUGGAAUGUUUUCUGUUCAUUUUAAGAGAGUUUAUAAAGCAUCUUAUGAUUAUUCUAUGGUACAAUCCUUUUUAUAUUACAUGAUGUUAAAAAAAUUUGAAGAAAAGAUUUUUGUGAUUUUUAAUGAUUUGGUGAUUUUAUCAAUUUGUCCAUUACCAAUUUUAUGGUUCAGAUAAGAGUACAUGUCAUUAAGACUGUAUUUGCACAUGUUUUAUAUUGUGUUACAUGAUGUACAUGUCUAUAUAUUUAAUAUAUACACAUGUGCAUGUGUUUUAGAUUGAUGCCUGUAUAUGAAAUAUCAUUUUUAUUUCAAUCAUACUUUGAAUACAAACAUUUUCUAUGAUUAAUGAUAACCAGCAUUUCUUCACAGUAAAAGACAAUAUCAGUGCAUCUUUGAAGAUUAAAAAUGGCAAUACCCAACAUAAUGGCUUUAGUUGCAUUAAAUUUAAUGUAUAACUGGACCAUGGUCUCUACAUGGUUUACACUUGCAUGUUCAUGUAAUAGUACAUUUCCUAGAAUUUGUAGAUAUAGAAAUUGACAUACUUGAUGAAUUUAUUAAUAUUAGUUUCCUACCCCAAGGAGGCUGUAAAACACAUUUGUGAGCUCUGGGUGUUUUGAUAUACAUGCAUUGUGCUUGAGGUAAAAAUAUAUUUAUCAAUUUUAGGCUUUGAAAUUCGAAUUUUUCACACUAUUUGGUCACUCCAUGUCUAAGACCCAUUUAAUUGCACUGUUCAAAUUUCCAAAACGGUUCUCUUUCUAAAAGAUGCCUAGUAGGGCUGUAUUGCAAAUCAAGAGUAUUCCUGUUGAGGGUAUAAUAGGUGGGGCUCAGACACAUUUUUCUGAAAAAUUCCUGAAAUUGUCAAAAAUUUAAAUCAAACCCCAUGGGUGAUAUACACUGUGGCAUAUUAUGAAUACCACAUAGAAACAACCUCAUCUCACCCUGCAAGUACAAAGACAUGCUGAUAGUAUAUAGGAAAAAUAAUAGCAGGUACAUUUGAUGAUGAUUAUUGACAGCAUUAACAAUUACAGUACCUUUUAGUAUUUAAAUGCUGUUUGGUUAUUCUCAGAACAGUUGCUCAGUGGAAGUUUUGGACAUCAAGUGUCAUUUUGUGCAAGGUGAUGAAAACUGGCAGCUUUAAAUUUCAAAGUGUGACUAUUUUUCACCCAUAUUGAUUCAAUUGAUGAUUGAUUUUAAAGGGCACAAUUCUAUAUCCUUGCAUGAAAUUUUAUUUGGAUGUAUAUAAUUAUAAUGUUUAUAUACUGUCUGUAAUUGUGGCACAUUGUAAGGUAUAUUGAAAGUUAACAGAGGUGCUUUAGGUCGUGUAUAUAAGGAAUACGUAUAUUGUAUUAUAUUUGAUAGAACUAUACCCAGGAAACUGUGGGAGUUCACUGUAGAUUUGUCAAGAGUAUCUUGAGUGUAGAAAUAAUUGUAUGGAGUAGUAUUGUGUUGUUCUAUUUGGCUUGGAUUUACCGUCAUGGUGUCUUUGUAAAGGUCCAUCUGAUUGUCUGUCCAGGUGCUGGUUAACAGUUAGGUUUUUUUUUUUAACUCUUUGACUUCAACGAUCUAUAUACCCUUCAAACUUCACAUGCAGAAUCCAAUGGUGAUAUUAUGCUGUGGAUCUAAGAUAAUUUAUUUGGAAUAGUAUCAGCUGCUGCCAGGGACAUAGUGUUUCAAGUACAUCUUGUUUUAGUUCGGCAUGGUGUCUUUGCAUACUAUAUUGGAUGAACAAGAGUUUAAGGAUUUCAUUGGGAUUAGAAAUUUAAAGAGGAGAAUUUAUAAUCUCUGUAAAUAUGUGUGUGUGUGUGUGUGUUUCUUUCAUUAUGUGCAAUAAAAGAUGUUACAUACUUGUGUAGCUUUGAUGGUACUUAAUGAGUUGUACUGGUGCAAUUUUUAAAGAUUGUAUUUUCUGCACAAAAAUUAUUUCACUGAGAUUUAUCUCUUUUUGUCCAGUUUGAUGUUUGAUUGCAGAAAAUUUUGUCUAUUCAAAUGUCCUAAUAUUUCAUAUUUCUGAAUUUUUAUUGCUAUAUAUAUACUUUGGAUGGCAUCCACAAGGAAUAGAUAUUGCAAUGAACACAAUGUAUUUGGUUUCAAAAUCACUAUGAAGAUUGAGACAAGUACUCAACAUGGAAUAUAUGAUUGUAUACCAUAUGAUAUACACGACUAUUACAAAACCUUUUCAUUGCAAUUUCAGUAGAUGAGUGCACUUAAUGUAUGGAAUGUAGACUCUUGUAAAUUAUUUUUAAACAAUGAAAUUUUAAAAUGGUGAUGUUCAUUUUUGUUAUUUCCCCUUAUCGUAAUUGAGAUUUUACAGAAAUUAUAUAGGUUUGAAAAUUUGUAUGAACAAAGGGCAAAGUUGAAGGCAUUGUUAAUAUCAAUUAUUCCCCAUUGAUAAUUGAAGUUUGCCUCAAUUUACAAUUUUGAAGAAUAAUCAUUGUUUAUUAGAUUAAGUAAUACAAUAUUCAAUGAAGAAUUUCAGACAAACAUUCACUUGUAGUAGAUUUUGUAAUUCAUUGGGUGAAAAUUGUGCAUGCUAAAAUCUUCCAUGUGGCUCCAGGAUCUAGUACAUUGUAUUGACAGUUACAAUUAAGAAACCUGUAUACUGUAACAUAAAAAAUUAACAUCCACAUUGUAUUUUUAGUAUAUGUGAACUUAUAUCAUUCAGAUGUAAUACAUUCGUAGUUCUGCCUAUUAUGCAUGUUUAUGAUUACUACAUUGCAGUAGAACUGUAUUAAUUCCUUAAUUCACAAAAAACAUUUAUAAAAAUUGUUCCUGAACACUCAACACAACUACAUCUAAGUUUUAUCAGGCAUAAUAAGUUUUCAAAAUUUUUAAGAUAAAAGCAAUGUGCAAGGGGAAUUGAAAGAGGGUCCUGAAUACUAAGUUAAGUGCACUCAUCCUUUACUAUUUAAGUUUUUCUUGAAAAAAAAAAUCCAUUUAUAAUUAAACCAGAUUUUACAUAACCCAUACCUGAUUCCUGUUCAAUAUCACAUAUGCAUAUCAUUUAUGUGAAGUUUUUAAACAAAAUUAUAAAUGCAACAAACUCCAUUUUUGAUCUCUUAAAUGUCAAUUUUGUAGUAUAGUCUUGGGAAAGAUCAAUAGAGCUUCAUUUAAAAUUGGUGAUAGAAAAUUUAUGAAAAGUGUCCUUUGAAGUCUUCUUGUUUUGAAUUUUUCACUUUGAUAAUACAAUGUUGUGUAGAUUAUUUAAGAAAUAUUCUUUCUACAAUGAGAUGUAGAACUUUUGUUAACAUUUUUAAUAUAUGACUGUGAAAUUUUUAUUACUGUUGAAUAGAGAGUAUUUUUAUACUGCUAGAUUUUUCUUCAGUUCCAGUUGGUGGAUUGUUAUUGUUAUGUGCAUGCUUUAUGUUGAUUAGAAGCGAGGCAAGUCUAUGUUUUCUGUGAUAUUCUCAGUUACCUUAUAAGAGCUUGUUUCAUUUUAUAGACAGUCAUUAUUUACUUCAUAUUGUUUAUGUCAGUUUAGUACGACAGAAAGCAUUUCUCUUGUUGCGUAAUAUUUGUUGACAAUGUCUUUGUUAUAGAUGUAUCUUUUCACCCAUGUAUUUUUAAAGAAAACUAAUAAAGAUUAUUCUUUAAAGAUA